UUUAAUACAACAAGUCAUGCUUCGCCGAUUUCUUUUUGUAAAUACGACCGUCGAAUGUAUUUAGUUCACAUAAAAAGCUUAAACAAGUAGGUUACAGACGAUUUGUGUUGAAUGUAGAUUUUUAAGUCUUAGUUUUUCUGCGUUAUGGUUAAGUGUUAACACGAAAGGAUGGAUAACCCAGAUACAAAACGGCCAUUAGCAGCUACGGCUAGCAUAGACGAAGAAAGUAGUACGGAAGCAUUCAAGCGCUUAAAAUCGGACUAUGAAAUAGCAAUAGACGAACAAGUUGCUAUAGAUAUGGCUGAACUAAAGGAUGCACUUGAUAAAAAAGAUGGUCACGUCAAUUUGAUAGGUAGUGAGAUUUCCCACAAUGAGGAAACUGAUAUGGGCACGCUCAGCUCUGGUUUGGCGUGCCUAAAUUCUGAGACUGCAGACGCAAACGCUGAUGUCGAUGAAGCAAUAGAUACCCAGCCACUUGACGAAGAGGAGGACAUGGAAAACUAUGACAUGUUUGACGAAGAUUUGUGCUACAAUAGUAAUGCGGAAUCAGACCUGAAGGUAUGUGAGAUGUUACGGAAAAUAUCUGAAGCUGUGUUGUCGUCAUUACAAAAUGAUGGGUUAGAUGAUAUGGAUGGACCUUCUAGCUUUGUGUCUGAAGAUGCAGCGGAUUACGGUCAUGAGGGUGGGAAUGUUCUAUCGUACUUACAGAUGAGUGUUCCGAGGGAAGUUCAGGCAGCGAUUGCUCAAUAUUUGUCUUCUGGAAGCCUUGAAAAUGUACAUGUGUCUUUGGACACGAUCCACUAUUACUUCCACGUGGCCAUUAACUUGCGUUUGCGACAACUGACGCAUCAUUGCCUUGCCUUUUGCUUUAAGGCCAACCAGAAAGAACUGCUGACUAAAUUCGGGGACUGCGAGUGCAGACGGCACAUCAAGAACGAAUCCGCGCAAGGAUACGAGCGCACGCAGAGUGUCGUGUCUGUCCAUGACGAAAGUAGUCCGCCUCAGUACCUCGUUGCGUUUACGACUGAACCAAAAAGUAAACGACCUGGAGAGGUAUACGCGCGAAUAAUCGACACGGACACGAAAAAAAGUGUUUUCAAAAGGGAGGUGGAAAAAAUACGCCAAUCUGGACAGGGCUUUGCGUGUUGUAGCAUCGAAAUUCGAGAGUCGCCGUAUUUGUACCUUAGUGGCGGCAGGGAAAGGUCGACUCAGGUCUUAAAGUAUGACGUCAUUCUCGGAAAAUGGAACAAAUGCGCGAAGUUGUUGCACGGCCGUUAUAUGCACAUGAUGGUUGCGCUUAAGGGCAACUCAAAAGCACUUUUUGUUCUCGGUGGUGCAGAAGUUCAAUCGAUUGAGGAGUUUGAUUUGAGGAAAAAUAAGUGGUUUGAACGCGGUUCCCUUCUUCUGCACGUUGUUUCGGCUGCUUACACCGGUCAUCAAGACAAUAUUUAUAUUUUUGGCGGGAAAACACCCACGGGACCACAGCCGGCAGUGCAAUGCUACAACUCAACAACGCGCAAAAUGAGUAGAUUGGCGGACUUGCCCUGCGCCUUUAACGGCGGUUCCUGCGUUGUUUUAGAUCACCAGAUCUUCAUCGCUACAAAUCAAGGUCACAUGAUCAGUUUUGAUACGCAGACGAGCGUUUCUUGCCUAUGUUCGCAGCACCCGGUUCCAAAGCGGGACUUCACGAUGUGUGCCAAAGAUAAUAGGAUCUAUGUUAUUGGCGGAGUGAUAUGCAAUGAUGACGUCACUUCCGGCGAAACGCACCACUAUCGGUUCAACCCCGAGAAAGAUGUUUGGGUGGAGCAAGACGCUGUGUUUCAGAGUUUUCCCGUCCUGUGCAGCUGCGUGAUAACAUAUCCACAGAAGUGUUCGGUCAUUCCUUUCCGAGAUGAUAUAUAGAUUGUUUUUACUUUUUUAUUAAAAUGAUAUAGAUUGGUGUCAAAUUACUCAUACUUACCGAACAACACUCGUACAACAUGCCAGUACCGAUAUAUGUAUCCUCAUGUGUGGAAUAUUGUCUAUGACAAUACUGUUUUUAGUUAAAAUAUAUUUAAGCUAGAAUAUUAAUUGACAUUGGGGUCCGAGGAAAAUUUCACUCACAUUUAACUCGCUACUAUAAUCUGACCGAACAUGGUUUUCGUUAUCUUAAUCCAUUCCUCACAAUUGUUUGUACUGUAAUAUCAUAAUAAUAUACACAUGCAGAUAAAAUUAUGUUUGAAUGUCAUCAUCACAUGUAAGCAACGAAUUAAAUGUUAGCUCAAAGCGAGGAUACAUUUUUGUGUUGAUGUUUACCUUAGAGGAAGAACAUGCGAACGAUUGAAAUGAAGACAUAUUGCAAUCAUAUCGUCUGAUA